AUGGCAAGACCCGAACUGAAGAAUCUGCCCACACAGUUCUAUACAGACGAGGAAGUAGAGAAAUACGACAGAAACAAACGAGUAGUACAUAUACAGCGCAAAAUGACGGCGAAGUGCUAUGAGCUGAUCAACUGUGCAUCUGGUGUCAUUCUAGAUAUCGGAUGUGGUACGGGCCACAGCAUAGGAGCUUUAAAAGAAUAUGAGAAAGGUUGCAACGAAGAGGCUGAGAACGUGCCUAACAGAAGCAUGGAGAUGUUUGUAAUAGGCUUGGAUAUCAAUAGAAAUAUGUUAGUAACGUGCAAAAACAAGGAUCUUGGUGCUGAGCUUGUUCAACUGGACAUAGGGGAUUCAUUGCCGUUUCAGCCGGCAUCAUUCGAUGGGAUAAUCAGCGUGAGCUGCAUACAAUGGUUGUUCUACGCAUCUAACACAGAAAAAAUAGAGAAGAGGCUGUACACCUUCUUUUCCUCCAUGUAUGCGGCCCUAAAGCGGGAAGCAAGCGCUUGCCUGCAGUUCUACUACGAAGGGAAGUGGCAGGUAGAUCUGCUGAUGAAAGUAAGCCGGAGAGUAGGCUUUGUCGGUGGCGUGGUGAUUGAUGGCGAGGGAAAGAACACGAAGUACUACCUGGUGUUGAACAUGAUUAUGAAAACUACCAAGUUUGAGAAAGUCAGUAAGGAAGUGUUUAGCAGGGGAAAACGAAGGAAGAAUAAGUUAGAUGAUGAGGCGAAUGAUGAAAAGGACAACUUACGCAACGAUAAACGUAGAAAGACGAGUGGGUCGGGUAAAAAAAAUAAAAAAAGAUGAUAAAUUAGCUUAAA